AUGUCAGCCGCUGCGCCUGGUUCGUCCCCCAAGGUUGCGAAGGCUUCCAAGCCAAAAGCAGCCAAGAAGGCUCCGUCUCAUCCAACCUACUCCGCCAUGAUCCGCAGGGCAGUCUCCGAGUUGAAGGAUAAAUCAGGAUCAUCGAAGGCUGCUAUUCUGAAGUUCAUACUAUCGCACUACAAGCUUGGAGACAAUGUAACUAAGAUCAACUCUCAACUCCGCAUCGCACUCAAGAAGGCUGUCGCGAAAGGUGAACUGAAACAAGUUAAAGGGAGCGGAGCAUCUGGGAGCUUCAGGCUUGGUGAGAAAUCUGGAGCAGGGGCCAAGAAGCAUGUUGGCAAGAAACCGGCCGCCAAAAAGCACAAGUCCUCCGAAGCUGCGACGAAGAAACCCAAAGCGGAAAAGAAGGCCAAGAGCCCGAAGAAGGCCAAAGCUCCUAAAGCUAAGACUGCCAAGAAGCCUGUCAACAAAGCUGCCAAGCCGAAAGCCAAGAAAGCUAAGGUGUCCGGCUCUAAGGCUAAGAAGGUUAAGGCGUAG